AUGGCCGGCCCACCAUCAUACCCCGCCAAUACCAACCUCACAUCCAACCCACCACCCCCAUCGACAUCAUCGCCGUCCAACGUCGCAUUCACACCAAGCGCAACCUCCAUCGCCGACUCCUCAGACAAUGAGUUCGAGCCAACACCCGUCCACAGCCCAGGCGGUCCGCAAUAUGAAGAUUUGCCACCAUCCUACGACGAGGCCCGCGACCAAGCCGUCCACGACACCCGUCAUGGCAUUGCCCCAGUAGACCCCAGCCAAAUCGAAGCCCACCGCAUCACCACCAACGAAGGACCAAACGAGCCAGAAGUAUGGGAGUACCGCGUAAGAGGCGAAGAACCAGAUCCUGCAAGUGAACAGGAACAAGCACCAGACUAUGCGAAUCACACAAACGACAAGACCACCAGUGUUCCAGUCCAGCAUGUCAGUACGAGUGAGAACAUCGCUGUGGGACGAGUGCAUGGCGGAUCUGCUUCCUCGAGCAGCAAAGAGAAACAGCAUGAUCUAGCUUCUGACCUGCUCACCCAAGCCUUGGAGUUCAGCCGUGGAGAACCAGAUGCAAAGGCGCAGUAUGCACCGCAUCUAAACCGCAUCAUCGCGAUACCCGACCAUGCAGGACCAGCAAGACGUGUAGACGAACAUGUAUACUUCUUAGUUGCGUACGCUGAAGUGUUGGACCGGCAUUCCAUCAAGCCAGCCGAAUUUGCAGAGUUCUUGUACGGUCUACAAGUCCUGACUACAGCGGCGCACACAACGGCUGAAGACUUGCUUCAAAAACCGUCACAUCAAGGACUCUCUUCCAGCAUCGUACACGACUACAUCCGAGGAGCAAAUGAAGCCUUCUUCGCGCCAAGAGGCCUGAUUGUGUCGUUCCGCAGCGAGACUGCGCUUCUAGACAUGCUACCCAUACCAGCGGGCCACAAACCCAGCGUCCUCGCCAACUUGGCCGAUAAGACUGCAACGGCUGAAUGGCGCGCAAGGCAAUUGUAUCCUUGGAUCGAAGCUCUCGACGCUGACGCAGUGCCGAUGCCGAGUGAGAGAGUGCUCAAGCUGCAUGAGAUGAGUGAACGUUUCGCAGGUCCGACGACGGCUACUGGCUCGCCUGAUUAUGCCGGAAACAGCGGUCUUGGAUCUGCUGGUGCAUAUGAAGAACCACCUCACUCCAUCCCCGGACCUCCAGAGGAAUCCUCCCACGCACACGGUCGACACGGACGAGGCGCCCAUCAUCCCCGCGGCAGACGAGGCGGUCACUGGUCGCCGUUUGGUAUGCCAGGCCAUGGCCCCUUUGGUGCACCCGGUAACGGACCUUUCGGCCAACCCGGCAAUGGCCCUUUCGGGCGCGGCGGUCGAGGACCUUUCGGACCCCGCGGCAACGCCUUCUUCGGUAGAGGAGGUUGCUCCGCUCGCGGCGGACGAGGACGCGGACGCGGGCGCGGACCACCGUCGUCCGCAAACGAAUGGGCGGAAGUAGGCAAAGAAUUAGGCAAGAUUGGGGAGCAAUUCGGUAGACAUAUGGGGGAUCUAGGUGUGGAGAUUGGGAAGCGGGCGAGUGCUUUUGGGGUGGAGGUGGGGAGGAUGGCUGGGGGGAAUGCUGGUGGAAGUGGAGGUGGAAAUGCUGGUGGAAGUGGAAGUGGGAAUGCAGGUGGAAGUGGAAGCAUGAGCAUAAGUGGAAACAGAGGGCCUACUACCUCAGGUCCAACUUCUCACCAACAAGCCCACGACGACCUUCCACCUGCUUAUGCUGCACCGCCAGGACAGGAGACGGGCGUGCUAUAUGGCGACCGUAAAGUCGAUACUGGAUACUCGGCCGACACGAAAGAAAAGGGUAAAGCUGCGGUCAAGGACGUGGAUGAAGACGACGAUACCUCCUCAUUGUCAUCAGAUAGUUCAGACUCGGAUUCCGACUCCUCGGAUGACGACUACGACUCCGACUCCUCCAUCACCCCCGCCACAACCCCCAAAGCGCAAUCCCUCAGACUCGCCCGCCGUAACAUCAAGCAGCGAAACCGCGAGCUCAAGAAACAACACCGCCUCAGGAAACGCGAGUUGAAAGCCAAACACGCUGAUACCAACACCAAGGGCAAAGGCAAAGCGGCGAAGAAAGCGAAGAAGGAUCCAGAGUACAAAGCAGCGAAGAAAGAGUAUAAAGCGCAGAGGAAGGAACUGAAGAAGGAAAGACUGGCUGUGAAGAGGGAGUGGCGGGAUGCGAGGGAGGAGAUGAAGAGGGAGAAGAGGGGGGUGAAGGGUAUGGCUGCUGGGGGGAUGUCGAGAGGAGGAGGAGAAAGGGAGGGAGGAGGAAGAGGAGGGAAGGAGGGCGUUUGGUUGGUGAUUGAGAAUUUGGCGCCUUGA